AUGGGUCUGCAAACAUUCGAUGUCAAGACACAGCAGUUUCUGCAUUGGCUGCGUAAUGAUGCCAAUGUUCAGAUUUCUGAAAAGAUUGACUUGGUUGACUUGAGGUCAGAAAAUCAAGGCCGUUGUGUAAUUGCAACUCAGAACAUUUCUUCUGGUGAGGUCCUAUUCGAAAUUCCGCGAGACAGUUUGUUGAAUGUCAGUACAAGCAGCCUAGCGCAAAUUUCUCCACAGAUUCGCGAAAAGCUAGUGACUGCCGUCGGUCACUGGGAGGGUUUGGUGCUAUCAAUUCUCUAUGAAUACAAAGUACUAAGGGAAAGAAGCCGCUGGUGGCCCUACUUCGAAGUGUUUCCUGAUAUCAACGACAUGAACAAUCUCAUGUAUUGGUCGAAUGAUGAAAUUCAGUUUUUGAAGCCCUCGCCGGUUCUCACAAGAAUUGGUCGCGACAGCGCAAAAGUCAUGUAUCAGCAAAUCUUAAACCUGAUCGAAGAGUUUCAACUACAAGAAUUAAAUGCAGUGACAUGGGAAGAGUUUGUCUAUGUUGCAUCCGUCAUUAUGGCGUACUCUUUUGACAUGGAGUGCAACGACUUCAAAGACUUGGAAUCUCUCAGCGAUGACGAGGACAAUGGCGUUUCAUCAGUCUCACGCGAUGGAUUUUUGAAGUCUAUGGUGCCGCUUGCGGACAUGCUCAAUUCAGACACUCAUCUCUGCAAUGCAAAGCUCAUGUACUCGACAUCUUCCUUGACUAUGACUGCAGUAUCUGAUAUUCCAGCAGGCCAUCAAGUUUUCAACAUCUAUGGUGACCAUCCAAACGCAGAGAUUUUAAGAAGAUACGGUUAUGUUGAGUGGACGGGCUCGAAAUUUGAUUUUGGAGAGAUACCUUUAGAAAUAAUAUCCUCAGCAGCUAAUCAAUGCUUUGGAAUUCCGAUAGAAUUUGUGGAAAAAGUUAUUGAAAUAAUACGGGAUAGCGAGAAAAUAGAACAGCUCACUGAGUGCGAGCCCAUCAUUUUAGAUUAUUAUGACUGUUACGUCGAUGGUCAGGUUUUACCCGAAAGCAUAACACUGAUACAGGUCUUAGUCACUGCUGCACAGAUACCUCAUAUUGAUACAUUUGAUUAUGAAAACCUGGAGGGAUGCCUGCAGAGAAUAACGAAAAAAGCAAUCCAAAUUGUUGGAAACGGUAAGAUGACAAAGAGGUGUCUGCGCUUAUGCGAAUACAUCGUUAACGAAAGGCUAAAAGACUAUCCAAGCCAUGCUUUCCGUGAAAUGAGUCCCGAUCACUUUGAGAUUCACAAUGACUUUCUCAGACAAAGGAUGGCUGAAUGCGUGCUCAAGAGUGAAGUACGAUCCAUCCAAAACUGUUUCCAAUCUCUUGAAAGAAAUUAUCGUAUUAUUGAAGACCAAAAGUUUUUAGGAAACGUAAUGAAAAGAGGACUGGAAUCGAAACCAAAGUCGCAAAGACAAGUGAAAAGGGCCAAAAGAUAA